AUGCGCCGCGCCGCGCCACCCGCAAGCAUGGCCAUCCACUUCCUCGCCGUUGUGCUCGCCGCGCUCCCCGCCCUAGUCUCCGCCGCUUCCACCCCCCGCAACGUCGAGCACCUCGACACCUACCUCCGCGCCGUGUCGGACCCGGCCUCGCCUUCGUGCGGGCGGCACUGGUCGCCCACGCGGAUCGCGGAGACCUUCCGGCCCGCGCCCGAGAGCGCCGCAGCCGUGCGCGAGUGGCUCGCCGUGGAGGGCGAGAUCGCGGAGGGCCGCGUCGCGCUCGCACGCAAGGGCGACGUGCUACGCGUGAACGCGACCGUGGCGGAGGCGGAGCGGCUGCUCGGCGCGGAGUUCUUCGUGUACGCGCACGACGCGAGCGGGCGCGAGACGGUCGGGUGCCACGACGGGUUCGCGCUGCCGGAGAGCGUCGCGGGCCACGUGAAGCUCGUGUCCCCGACGGUGUACCACUUUGGGACGGAGGAGAUGCGGUCGAGCGUGUAUGGCAAGCGGGUGGCGGAGAGGCCUGGCCCGAACGCGUUCGCUGGGCAUGAAGGCAUCGCGUCCAAAUUGAAGACGCCUAUCUCGGAGUCCAAGCUGGCUGUUUCCGGUUGCGAUACGGCGGUCACCCUCGGCUGCCUGCGCGCUCCGUACAACUUCAACUACGAACUCCAAUCGGCCGACAACAAUACUGUCGGAGUCUUCGAGAUCCAGGGCGGGGAGGCUCGCCAGGUUGGUCUGGGCAUGUUCUUCAAGAAGUACUCCCCCGAUCAGGUUGGCACGUUCCCGAAGCUCGUCAGCAUUGAGAACGCCACUCUUCUUGGGGAUGGUGAUCUCGACGAGGCAUCUCUCGACAUCGAGCUCAUGAUGGGGAUCCUCGGAAGCAAACAAGAACUCCUGCUCUACCAGGUAUCAACCACGAACUCUCAGCAAGCAUGGCUGGACAACCUCAUCGCGGCAUUUGAUGGCUCUUAUUGUAACGACCCUGAGGUAUCCUACGAAGACUUCAUCGACUGCGGCAACAAGCCCAUCCCCAACGUCAUCUCCAUGUCCUACCACUUCAGCCCCGACUGCCAUGGCGCUGCUAUCGCACCCGUCCUCGAAAGCCAAUGCACGGAGUUCGGCAAGCUUGCAUUGGGCGGCUUGACCAUCGUCGCCUCCUCUGGGGACGGCAUUGUCGCGUACUCGCAGUCCCACGGCUACCUCGCCUCGCACGGCUCAACUACGGCAAUCCGUCGAACAGCAACUUCGUCGGCCCGUUUCCCGCGUCGUGCCCACUGCCGACCCGGAGACGGCGACGACAGAGUUUCCCUCGGGGGGGGGGGCGGCUUCUCGAACACAUUUGCGAUGCCCUACUGGCAGCGGGCCGCGGUGACGAACUACGUCGACAAGUAUGCGCCCGCGUACGGCUUGGCCGUGUACAACCGCGUACCCCGACGUCAGCGCGAACGGACGGGCGCGACGUCCGCGUCCGCGCCGAUCUUCGCGUCUUUCGUCGCCGCCCUCAACGACGCUCGGCUCGCCGCGGGCAAGAGCGUCGUCGGUUGGAUGAACCCCCGCGCUGACGGCGCCCGCACGCAGCUGUACUCGGACGCGCUCGCGGCCGCGUACCACGACGUUACGAACGGGACGAACCCCGGAUGUGGCACGCAGGGCUAUGUCGCCGCGCCAGGCUGGGACCCGGUGACUGGCCUGGGCACGCCUAACUUCCAAGCCAUGCUCGAGGCGUUCCUGGCGCUCCCUUGA